UUUGUACAGUUAUAUAAGUAAAGAUAUGUUUAAACAUGUAGGAUAUACUUAUUGUCAAAAACUUUGUCAAUCGGAUCGAUAACUCUGAUUUUAAAAGAUCAAUUGAUCAUACAAACAGAAGCAUAAAUAACAACACAAGUAGGGAAAUCUUUAAAAUAAUCCGUUAAUCUGCUGAGUAUACACAGUAGAUUAUAACUGGGAAUGUAGUGAUGACAUUAUAUGCGCAAGAUAGAUCAUUAUUGCUUUCAAUGACGUUUUAAUGUUUUACCAACGAACUUGAACUGGAAGAGGAAAUCUAACAAAUAAAAAAAUGUCCGUCACAACAUCAUCUUUGAUUCGAUAUGAAGACGAACUGAAAAGGCGCCUUCAAAAGCUAUCCAGGACUUACGAUUUAACUACUAUGAAAAUAUUUAUAGUGGUCGAGUGUCUUGGAGACGGACGGGUGUGUAGCACGUACAACCCUGAAAAGAGGAGCAAAUGGGAUUCAUUUCUCCGAAGAAGAGAAGCAUGUCGCUUGGAUCUUGAUAAGCACGAGAAAAAUCGCCAGGAUUAUACUGAAUUCUUGACGAAUAUUCCCAGAGAGGAACAAGGCAAACAGUUCAUCUCUGCAUUGACCUCUCACUUUUAUUCCAAAGGAGCAGAGGAUGCGUUUGGACAAGCGAAAAAAUAUGACCAGGAAGAAAUUAGUGCUACUUUUUGUGGACAUUUAUGCAGACUGUUUGAGAGAAAGAUUAACACCUGGUUCGAAACAUUUGAGGCUGUCGCAGUGAAGCUUACAGGCCAUGUGAAGGUGUCAAACUUCGUAAGAGUUCUGAGCGGUCAGGUGGAUGCUCUUUGCCGGAAAGACGGCUGCAUGUAUGCAGUCGCAUUUAAAGUGACAGGUAUGGAUACCCCAAGACCACUAGAUCUGGCAGAACUGUGUUUAUAUAAAAGUCUUGUCAUUCAAAACGGAUUAGCGGACCCAGAAAACCUUAAAAUGUGCAUACUGGCCCUUCAUUUGACUGCCGAGAAACCAAUCUUAAGACUUUGGGAAUACUCUCCUACUGUUGAAAUGGAAGAUUCUAUCAGAGAAGCAGAUAUAGAUAAACUAAUUGAUGCUGGAAAAUUAAGUCAACAUCAUGAAUUCUGGAAAGAAAACGUACACAUUGUUCAAGCUUCUGUCAUGACAGAGCGCUCCACAUAUGGAUCCUCGCGCGGGGAUGAAGGAUAUAGAUGAACAUAUAGACAGUUCAUUGAACAAUAUAAACAUUUUAUUGAACAGUGCCAUUCGUGCUUUUGAACUAAUGUUACUUUCAUAUACUCUGUGGAAUGUGCUGUCACAUGUUUGUGUAAAUCACUGUGGAAUACUGAUGAAAACAUUCAUCAAUGGAUUUUUAUCGUAAUGAAAUGGUUUAGUUAUGUUUUUUUUGGUAGUUUUUGAAGUGCCAUAUAAAGGGUAAAUUUCACAAAACAAAUGGAUUAUACAAUAAAUGUCAUAUGAUAUAUGCAUUAAAAAUCUUUUCGAUCUGUAAAAUCAA